AGUCUGGCUUUGUUGUGGCCGGGAGAAGUUACAAGAGAGAGCCUACAGUAAUGUGCGUGUCUAGGUUAGUUGUGUUAGUCACAGUGUCAGUGCUAGUGUACAGUGCUGUUAUUGUCAGAUCACAGAGACCAGGUUUUGGGAGAUGUCCAGACUAUCCGGCAGUGAAGAAUUUUGACGUUAUGAAAUUCCAGGGGGAAUGGUAUGAAGUAGAGCGGUCAUUCUACAUCCUCGAACUAGUCACAGGCUGCACGACCCUCAACUUCACUGCAAGGCCUGACAAUGUUUUCAAAGUGGCGAUCAAGACGGCCAACAAAUGGAAUGGCAAUAUAAUGAUUGGACUGUUGGGAACGGCAACACCCAACCGAUAUAAUCGUGGCGAACUUCAGUUCAAGAUAGACUCCAACCUGCCACCGGCCUUAGUGAGAGCUCUGCCAGGAGUGGGCAACUACAAGGUGCUAGGAACAGACUAUGACUCCUUCGCUUUGCUCUACUCCUGCUCAGAUAUGGGGAUCUUGCAUGCUGAUCUACUCUGGGUUUUGGCUCGUGCUAAGGAGCUACCAGUGACGUCUCGAGUGCAAGUGUACGACAUCAUGAGUACUCUCAACAUCGACCCAGCGCGGCUCACGCUAACCAAGCAUAAUAAAUGUCCACAAUUCUAACCUAUCCCAUCCUCUCUGAUCUUGCCAAUUGAAAUGUCUCUUUGUGAAGUGUUAUGUGGUAAUACUUGAGAUUAGGUAAAUUUACAACAGUUUAAUUAAUUUUUAAACAUAAACUUUUGUUUGGUGAAACUUGUGCUUGAAAUACUGUGUAUUUUAUCAACAGAUAUACUACAUAAAGGUGGUAUGCUGCUGAGUAUUUUCACUGUAGCCAUUGAUAAUGAUAUAGAUAACCAGAUUUUGCUAGGUUUCGCCCAAAGAGAAUGUGGUUGGAUGAGCCUCUCAUGCAGUGUGUUAUUUUCAAAGCUCUGUUUUCUCAAAAAAGGUUUUGUUUCUAAUCAAAUUAGAGACAGGCAAAAUUAUAUACCACUGGAUGGUAAAGAAUAAGAAGUACAUAUUACCAAAAGCCCCAAAAUUUCCCCCAGUGCUUUCAAUGUCGUAAUCGGCACCCUCUUCCGACAUAUAUUGCAGUAAAUGCCAUAACGCCCCUCCGCUGCAUCUCCAACGAUACGGCUUGCAGCAUUCUUAUUUUAUUCAUUUUACUGCCCUAAAGGCAAAAAGUUUUCUUUUGCAAUAGCACAUCUCAUUAAAUCAGUAAUAACGUCCAGACAUCUAUUGGUUGAAUUUGAUAUAGUUGGGCGAAAGAGAGCCAAGAGCUUGGGAAAGCACCAAGUAGCAUGUCACCCACCGAGCGCUCAGACUAUCGUCUAUUUAGGCUACACUACCCCCCACAUUUACAUCAGAAUCCUAGACUUAUAUAUAGUAUGUGUUUGUAAGAAAACGCUUUACAACCCAUAAACAAACUAUUUCUUGAAUUUCUCACAAAUAAAUUAAAUACAGUAGAAAGUCCAAAAUAAGAGUUUCAAUAUUUUCACAAUUUCAUCAAUUAUACUAAAAUCACGGGAAAACUAUUAGAUUUACAAUAAACAUGUAUACGGUAUUAUUUGUAGGAAAUUUAGUUCUAAAGACAACAAGCGAUUAUUUUACCACAUUAAACAACUCGUACAUAAACUAGACACAUUUUAGUAAAACCAUGCAAAUGCUGACUUUGAGGGGUGAUGGGGGGAAAGCACCGGAGGGAAUUUUAGGGACUUUUGGGAAAAUGUAUAUCUAGUUAGUUGGGUACUAACAAUGGUAUAUGGUUUUGCCUGUCGCUAAUUUGUUUCGACAGAAAACCUUUAUUGACUGGGCUAUUAAGGGGGCUUUUGGUAAAAUGUACAUCUUUUUCUGUAAUACCCAGUGGUACCUAUAUAGUUUUAUUAUUAAAAUCCAUUUUUAGCCCCUGAGCUUUGAUAGUAAUUAAAAAUAGGUAUUUACCUUUGUCUACAGCUCAAACUGUUGUUACUUGAGUUACGGCCGUUUCGGCAUUAUAAUGCCAUCGUCAGACGUGGAACAUUCAACUGAAGUAGCGUUGUCAUAGUUAAAACACA